AUGACCUCCAAGGGUUCUCCCUACAACCCACACACAACACCCAAAUACAUGCAGGAUUUCAGCAAAGCGUUGGCGGGUGAAGUCCGAAUUCUGCUCGCAGAAGUCGGUAAACUCAGAGAUGAACGUCGUCAACUGCAAUUUGAAAUUGCAGAGCUGAUGGCGCUCAAGUCGAAGCAUGGAGCAGGAGGGGAGUAUUCACCGGAUUGGAGGCCCAAGAUUGAGGGGCCCCCGCCGCCAAUGGAGGACGCCGUCGCACCACCGCCACCACCCGCGAUCGAGGACGUCGUACAGGCCAGACCGGGUUGGCGUGUAGUCCCAAAGAAGACAGAGCGCAGGAAGAAGAUCACAGCGCCUCCUCCAGCAGCACCCACUCCUCCCCCUCAGCCCAUGUACGAGCCCCCGCCAAACGUACCCGCUUGGGCGCAGUGGAGACCGAACCCGCUGCUGGUCCCUACGCCCCUUGCUCCCAACGCGAGCAUCCCUGCCACGCCCCCUCCUCGACAAGGGCUUUUCGGUGCGUCCACACCGCCUCCGGGUGGAGGACGAUAAAGGUAAUCCGUGGACAUGUGACUUACCUUGCGCCUCUUAUUCGAUCUAGGUCCUUCAACGCCCCCUCCCGAAUGAACUUGAUUCCCUUGUGGGUCUUGUAAUACCAUGCGUUCCAUGAACGCCUCAGCUCGCCUCUCCACUGCUUCACGAUCUCUUAUCUCGACUUACCAUUAUCGACUCAAAUAUGACAUGGCCUCCCUGCAAAGGAGGAACCUAUCGGUAGAACCCUGUAUUCUAGGCAACGUCUUCGUGCGUUGUAAUGUCUUU